AUGGAGAAGGAGGGCAGCGAUCAGGCUGCUUCCGACGACUCACGGUGGUUGGAGAAGAACGGCAGCAGCUAUCGUAAUCGCUCUCAUCACCAUCAGUCUCAAUGGCUGCAGUCCACUUUAGCAGAAUUGGAGAGGAAGAUACAGAAGAUUUUGGAGCUCGUAGAAGACGACGGAGAUACGUUUGCUCAAAGGGCUGAAAUGUACUACAAGAAGAGACCGGAACUCAUCCGAGUGGUGGAAGACCUCCGGAAAUCCUACAUUUCUUUAGCCAAUAAAUAUGACAUCCUGAGAUCUGAAUCCCUUUGCGCUUCUUCCAAUUCCUUCAGGCUACAAUCAUCGCUCCCGUCCUCAGCCGUGCUAGCACUACAUCUUCACGAAGCUGAAGCUGUAAACAAAGGAAUAAUCACCAAUCCAAAAAAUACUUGUGGUCAAGAUGAGGAUCGCGUUCGCACUAGUACAACUUCUUCUGAUUUGCUGGAGGCACUGACCCUGAGUAACUCAGCCCACAGCUUGAUGAUGCCUGGGGAUGCAUGUGAUGAGGAGUUGAUCAGGAGGAGGGAUAAAGGAGAUGGAGGAGGAAAUCGCAAGGUUUGCAAGAUUAAUGGGGGCUUUGAUGAUUCCAGAAGGGAUAGGGAUGGGGAUAGCAGCACCAUUAGGAUCGGCUCCAAGUAUGAGUAUGAGGCUGAGAGGGAGGAUAUGUGGAAUAAAAUGAGGCAGUCGGUGUCGGAGUUGAUGGAUGAUAGCUUGAGCCAGCAGGCUGAGCUGAUAAGGAGAAAUAACGAGAAAACAGAAUCCAUCAAAAGACUCGGCCCUUACAUCAAUCAGCUCCAGAAUGAAAACAAACGCUUGAAAGAAUUACUUGCUCAGCAGCAGCAGCAGCAGCAGAAUAAGAACACCGCUGACGAUCGUGAUCGUGAUUGCAAGCACAAUCGCUCUCACUUGUCCAAAUUGAAGGGUUUGGUCUUCCGGAAAAAGGUGUGA